AUGGAGCAAUUCAAAUAGGUGUCUAAACUAGAGUAGUAGUAUCAAAGAAAGGUCAAGAAAUAAAUAAAAGAGUAUGUGAAGAAUGAGGAUGAUCCCAUUAAGGGAUUACUUCCUAAGAAAGCAAAUAUUGAUCUUAAGAGAAAUUUGAAUUCGAAAUUGGAAAAGUUGAAUAUAUUAACUGAGAGAUCAAUACUUGAGAUUUUAAGUAUACCAUCUAACAUGUUUAAUAUUUUAGAGGAUUAAGUAAAUGGGAAAUAAGGCAAUAAACUUAAUGGUUCUGCUGGAACGCGCAAUAAUAACCUUAAUGACAGUAAUUCAAAGAUUCCUUCUCAAGAUAAUCUCAAAUUUUUAUUGAUAGGUGUUGGAAUAGCUGAUGCUAACGCUGAAACUAACAACUUUGUCGAGGAAAUGCGUGGGGGCAAAAAUAAUGUCCUGGUAGGUUACUAAAACAAAAUCUUUUCUCAAACUUAAAAUAUUUCUUUUUCAUUAGGUAGCAGUGAGAUGAGUGUUUUAGAUGAUAAGAUGGUCAUAAUGUAUGAUCCACAGGAAGUAAUGAAUCAAGGUGGAUAACUCUACGAAUACUAGUCGAAUACAGGAGGUAUGUAAAGAGGUAAAGAGAAAUAAUAUGCCUUCGAUUAUGUCUUCGAUAGACAUGUAUCUCAUGAAACUGUGUUUGAAAAGUCAGUUAAAUUUGCCUUAGAUGGAGUUUUAGAUGGAUUUAAUGCUACUGUAUUUGCGUAUGGUGCUACAGGAGCAGGAAAGACUUAUACUAUGCUAGGAACAGAUGAAUCGUAUGGAAUAAUGGGUUUAACUUUUGUUGAACUGUUUAAAAAGAUUGAAGAUCAAAAGAAAAACAAAGAUUUUAAGAUUCUCAUGAGUUAUCUUGAAAUCUACAAUGAAAAUAUAAGAGACUUAAUUAUUUAAACAUCAGAAAAUAGAAACUUAGAGAUGAGAGAAGAUAUUACAAGAGGAAUUAUUGUUAAUGGGCUAACUGAAGUUAUUGCCAGUUCUGUAGAUGAAGUUAUGAGUUUGCUAAGAAUCGGAAAUAAGAAUAGAUCUACUGAGGCUACUAAUGCUAAUGAUGCAUCCUCAAGAUCUCAUGCUAUAUUGCAGGUAAUUAUAGAAUACAGGGAUAAAUUUAGUGGAACUGAAACUGAUGUUAAUUUUGCUAAAUUAUCAAUGAUAGAUUUAGCUGGUUCUGAAAGAGCAAGUAGCACAUAAAAUAUUAAUAAAGGGGCUAGAUAGUAAGAAGGUGCUGCCAUCAAUAAAUCACUUUUAGCUUUAGGUAACUGCAUCAAUGCACUAGCGACUACAAAACCUGGAGAAAAGCCUUACAUACCCUACAGAGAUUCUAAGUUAACUAGAUUUCUCAAGGACUCUUUAGGAGGUAACUGUAGAACAGUAAUGAUUGCUAACAUAUCACCUAGUAGUGCAACUUAUGAAGAUACUCAUAAUACUCUUCUAUAUGCCAAUAGAGCAAAGAAAAUCAAAAAUAAAUUGGAGAGAAAUACCCUUAAUGUUAAUUUUCACAUUGGAAAGUACUCUUAAAUAAUAGCUUAACUUAAAAUUGAACUGGCAGACAUGAAAUAAUAGCUUUAAUAGAAGGAUUAAGAGUCAAAUAAAGGAUUAGGUUUAUUUGGCUCAAUGAAAAACAUUCCUGGGUUUGAAAAGUUUAAAAGUGAGCUAAGGCAGCAUUUUGAAGAUGAAACGAAGUAUAAGAUGUAAAUAGCUGAAUGUGAAAAGAAAAUAGAUGAAAUAGGGUUCACCCUAUUGAAACUGAAAAAUGAUGCAAAUUAAAAAACUAGGGACUUAGGUAAAGGUCAUCUAGCAACAAAAAAGGUGUUAGAGGAGAUAGACUAAAAUUAUGCUACUAUUAAUGAGAAUUAAUAAAACAAAGAUUAGUUAGAGGAAGCAAUCUAAUAGCUGAUUUCAAGACGUGAUAUCUUCCCAUCUAUGUGGAAAAAUUCGAAUGAGCUUCAUGGAGGUGAACUGCCACUUGCUCAUCUCUAGUUAAUGCUAAAAUACGAGAUUUAGUGCUAAGACAAGAUAGAAAUUAAGAGAAAAGAUGAGAGAUAGGCAAAUUAAACUAAACUUAAUGAGCAGCAGCUGCGAUAUCUUUAGGAACAAAUUUAUAUGCGAGAUAACAUUAUUGAGCAAGAGGAUUACGACCCAAAUGCAGUUUAUGAUAUGCUGGAAAAUGCUGAAACUAGUUUCCCUCAGUUAAAGGUUGCUCGUAGCACUAAGUUUCUAAAGAGAAGGGAUAGUCAAAUAGAAAAUAAUUUUCUGCCUCCAGUUAGUUAAACACCUCAGGCUAAGAAAAUGGGUUCAUUUUUGCCUCCCAUAAACUAAGGCCAGAACAAUAGUAUUUCAGCUAGAAUGAUGGAGCAAAAGAGAAAUAAGUUGAAUAACUUUUCAAGAUCAGUAGAUAAGCCAGUUGAUAGACCAAAUAACAAUGGAGUUGGCUAUUAUAAAGGCCCUUAGGGUCCUAACGUAGUCGUUACCAAAAUAUCUUAACAGUAGCAGCCGCCAUCAGAAUAAAACCAACAGCUGUUCCAACAAAAGCCUGUAGAAUUAUCUGAAAACCAGCGUUACUUAAGAAACGUUCAUUCUUAGCAAUAACUUUAGAAGUAAAAUCCAAUUAUCUAGGAUACACAAUAAGACAGGAAUGAUGAUAGCAUUUCUUAGACUGGUGGGAUUAAAAGAAAAGCCUCGAUUAUUCUUAGACCAAAAGAUAACAAGCCGUAUUUAUUAAUAAAAACCACCAGGCAAAAAGAAGAAGAAAAAUAAAAAAAUUCCCUAGGCACUGUGCUACAUCCACAUGCAGCUCAAAGUUAGCCUCUGCUGAAGUAUCAUAGAGCCUUCAAGAGUGUAGUAGACAUGAUACCUACAAACAAGACUAAUGAUUCAUUUGAUGGAAGUCUCAAGAGUGCAGAUGAUAGCAGGUCACUUGAUAGAAGUGAAAUCAGCAUGUAUAAUACUGAUAAUCAAAAUGUAAAGCACAUUUACACAACCAAAAGUUUGAUUUUAAAUAGAUUCAAGAACUCCCCAUAUGUUAACUCUCCAAAGAAAGCAUAGUAACUGGAGAAACCUUGGCGCACAAACAUGAACAAUAGUCUACAUGUAACUAACAAUAAAAAGAGUAACAAUGCUAAUAACAACUUUGUAGAGUAUGGAUAGCAGAAGAAGUUCCUCAACAAUCUCAAUCAAGAAAUCAAUCAAAUGAAUAGUAAUCAUAUUUAAUCUAUGAAGCGCCCGAUAGGCGUUCCUAUAGCCAAAGCUAUUAAGAAGAAUGUUUGA